AUGAUUGAUAAUGAGUGUAUUAAAUAUGGAGACAAUGAAUUACAGUCGAUAAGAAUAUACAAAAGGGCGAAAUGGAGUUCAAAAUCAGUUAUAUUUAUUCAUGGAGGUGCCUGGAGGGACCCUAGUAAUACCUUCGAUGACUUUAAAAUCGUUGCGGCCAGUAUGAUAGAAGAUGGUUUCGAAGGUCUGAUAUUCUCAAUUAAUUACAGACUAUCACCUGAAUUCAAGCAUCCGAUUCAUUUGAUCGAUAUCUUAUCUGCCAUAUCUUUCUUACAAGAGCGAUUUAAUAUUUCAGAGAUGCAAUUAAUUGGACACUCUGUUGGAGCGUCUUUCAUACUUCAGUUGCUCAGCAUGUCCACAAUUGUCGAAGAUGGCAUUUCUGACUUAGCAUUGGCGCAACAUGGCAAAAACUCGCAAUUACCGGAUGCAACACAACUUCAAAUUCUCUUCGAUGCCGUAAGCAAGGUCAAAAUAGGUAAAUUAGUUCUCAUCGACGGCAUAUACGAUAACGAGGAACUAUUAAAGGAGUAUGGUGAUCUGUACAGAGGUUUUAUAAACGAUGCCUUCUCCUCAGAUAAGCAUUAUAAGAAUGCAUUUCAAUUAUCAAAUCCGAAAUUUAACAGCGUGUUUUCUUUUGAAGUGAUACCAGACCAUAUCUACAUUUUACAUUCUAUGGAUGACGAGCUUCUUUCUCCAAAGCAGACUCAGUUAUUGUUAACCUUUCUCAAAAAGACCGAUUUGAAAUACAAGGUUUUCUUUGAUCACUGGGGAAAACAUGAAGAAGUAUAUUCGAAUCAAAAGGUGGCCAAGCUAAUUAAUAGUUUUCUUUAA